AUGGAUACGAGGGCAGUUCUUGAUGUGUCUUGUUUGAUGCUUUUUGAGGCCAGUGGUGAUUCUGAGAUUGACGGUGUUGAUGAUGCCACUGUGGGCUCGUUCGUGGAGGACGAGGAUGAUGCAGAAUCAUGCAGCUAUGGAUCGUUUGAUUGGAAAUGCAUUAAGGAAAUUGAAAAUGAUUUUGAUCAGAGGGUGGAGUUUUUUUGCUUGAAAGAUGAUGAAGAGGUUGAAAAUGAUGGCAACCAUGAAGAAGUGGAGGAUAUGGUAGAGCAAUAUUAUUGUGGUGGUUACGAGGCGGCGGAGGUGGUGGCGCCUAAUGCCUCUGAAGAAUCUGUGGUGGCUGAGAAAUUCAAGAAACCUAAGGUUUGUGAGGAUCCAAAUAUGAAGAUGAUGCAUCAGAGGGACAGAGAUAGGCUCUUCUGGGAGGCUUGUUUGGCAUCUUGA